UUUCACCUUUCACCUUUCACAGUUCACAUUUCAAUAGAGCCCCAUCCCCCAAAAAACCAAAAACCAACAAAACCAUAUCAAUUUUCCCCUUCACUUCUCCCACACAAAGACAUCACCAAACCCCAACUCUCUUUCCUUCCUUCCCCUAACCCAUGCCUUCUUUUUCUUUCCUUUGGAUCUGAUUUUCUCUCCGUUUCCUUCCCUCCAAACACUGUUUUCCCCCUUCCCAUCCUUUGAUCCAAUCCAAACCCAGAUUUUGUUUGGCUUGGUUUUGAUGGUUCAUUUGUCCAAUUUGAAAUGGGAAUGCUCAUAAAGAAAGCAUGAGCAAAAACCCCAUUGAUAGAAGCAACAACCAGAAAGACGAGGAUUCGACCCAAGGAGAAGAGGGGACAGAAGGAAACAAAGGUCAAGGGCAAGUAGUUGUUCAAGUAGUCGAAGAAGAAGAAGAGGAAGAAAAAGAAGAAGAAGAAGAGUACUUUUACGAAUCCCUUGAUCGCAUUGCUUCUUCUAAUUCUUGUUCUUGUUCCAACUCAACUACUCCUUCGUCUGACUCGGAUUCCGACCCAGUUACCCGUUCCAGCAAUGCCCGCCACCCAUUUCCCGUCCCGAAAUUCCCCAUGGCCGUUUCCAAGUUCGACAUCUGGAUCUCAGAACCCGCCUCCGUUUCCGAGAGAAGAACUCGGCUGCUCCGUGAAAUGGGUCUUAGCCGCGACCCCGGUCUUUCCCGGUCAAUACCCGGCUCAGAAACGGAACUGGGUCUGGGACGGGAAAUGGGUGCCGGUGAUGCUGGAGGAAGAGGAGUGCAGCUUGAGAGAAGAUCAGUUUCUUCGGAUCGGUUGGUAAAAAGAGAGUCAGAGGAGCAAGAUCGUGGAGUUGAAAAGGGAAGUAGUUCCUCUGGAAUUGUACGAUCGAAAUCAAACGGUGAUUGUAAUGUGCUUGCUGUUUCUUCUUCUCCUUGUUUAUCUGUCUGUCCGAAUUCCUCUUCGAUUCUUUCUGUUGGUUUAUCUUUUGUAAAUAACAAUAAUAAUACCGAAUGCGAUCGUAUUAAUGUUGCGGCUCCUAACUUAAGAACCUGCGAAAGCAAUGGAUCUACUUGUAAUAAGCCGCCCACUGGGCGGAGUAGCAGGAGUGUGAAUGGGGAACUUGGGUCUAAAUCAUUUGAUGGUGGAGACGAUGCGGCGGGGAAUGAGGUGGAUUCUAGUGAACAGGUAUGUACCAUUAAGAACCUUGAUAAUGGGAAAGAGUUUGUAGUAAAAGAGAUUAGAGAAGAUGGGAUGUGGAACAAGUUGAAGGAAGUUGGGACUGGGAGGCAGUUGACCAUGGAGGAGUUCGAGAUGUGCGUUGGGCAUUCUCCGAUUGUUCACGAACUGAUGAGGAGACAGAAUGUGGAAGAGGGUAAUAAGGAUAGUGCAGAUUUGGAUGCCAAUGGCAGUGGUGGUGGUGGUGAUGUUUCGAAGUUUAAGAAGAAAGGGAGUUGGUUUAAGAGCAUAAAGAGCGUUGCGAGUAGUGUCGCUGUAAAGGGUCAUAAGGAAAGGCGAAGUAGCGAAGAAAGGGAUACCUCAUCUGAGAAGGGUGGAAGGAGAUCGAGUUCUGCCACGGAUGAUAGCCAGGAUGUUUCUUUUCAUGGGCCGGAGCGUGUGAGGGUGAAGCAGUAUGGAAAAUCUUGUAAAGAACUCACUGCUCUUUACAAGAGCCAAGAGAUUCAAGCGCACAAUGGGUCCAUUUGGAGUAUUAAGUUCAGUUUGGAUGGAAAAUACCUUGCUAGUGCAGGUGAGGAUUGUGAAAUUCAUGUAUGGAAGGUAGUUGCCUCGGAGAAGAGAGGGGAGUUGAUGGAAAAGGUUGAUGAUGGGAAUUUGAACUUCUUGCUUGUCGCUAAUGGAUCUCCAGAAACAACUAUGUUGUCCCCAAUUGCAGAUCACCAUCCUGAGAAGAAGAGAAGAGGAAGGUCUUCCCUAAGCCGCAAGUCAUUGAGCCUGGACCCCAUUGUGGUGCCAGAUACUGUUUUUGCACUUUCAGAUAAACCUUUUUGUUCUUUUCAAGGACAUUCGGAUGAUGUGCUUGACCUCUCAUGGUCCAAAUCUCAGCAAUUGCUCUCAUCUUCAAUGGACAAAACAGUGAGGCUUUGGGACUUGAUUAGCAAGACUUGUUUGAGAAUAUUUUCACACAGUGAUUAUGUGACUUGCAUCCAGUUUAAUCCAGUUGAUGAUAAAUACUUCAUUAGUGGGUCCCUAGAUGCUAAAGUUCGCAUAUGGAGCAUUCCUGAUCGUAAAGUUGUCGCUUGGAAUGAUCUGCAUGAAAUGGUCACUGCUGCUUGUUAUACACCUGAUGGCCAGGGUGCACUUGUUGGCUCUUACAAAGGAAGCUGCCAUUUAUACGAUAUUUCUGUUUCUCCAGAGAACAAGUUACAACCGAAAAGUCAAAUCAAUUUGCAGAAUAAAAAGAAGAAAGCUCAUCAAAAGAAAAUUACAGGUUUCCAGUUUGCACCUGGAAGUUCAUCAGAAGUACUCAUCACAUCUGCAGAUUCACGAAUUCGGCUUGUUGAUGAGUCUGAUUUAAUUCACAAGUUUAAAGGAUUUCGGAACACAAACAGCCAAAUCUCAGCUUCUGUUACGACAAAUGGAAAAUAUGUCGUCUCUGCCAGUGAGGACUCCCAUGUUUACGUGUGGAAACAAGAAGCAGAAUCGCGGCCUAGCAGAAACAAAGGAGUCACUGUAACAUACUCUUAUGAGCAUUUCCAUUGUAAAGAUGUAUCUGUGGCCAUCCCUUGGCCGGGCAUGUGUGACACAUGGGGAGUAAGAGAUACGCAAUUGAAUGAUCAAAAUUGUUUUGAUGACACUAUCGAUGAAGUUUCAACAGCCAAUCAUCCUCCUACACCCGAUGAGGAUUACAGUGGAAACGAGGGUUCUUUAUUAGCAUCCGGGUGCACCAAUAGCCCUCUCCACGGAACCAUUUCCAGUGCAACUAAUAGCUACUUCUUUGACAGAAUCUCACCUACAUGGCCAGAGGAAAAACUUCUUUUGGCAACUCGGUCCAGGAGCUCCAGGAUCAGUUUGGACUAUACCUCAGGGGUUAAUCCAAACAUUUCAGCCUGGGGUAUGGUGAUCGUGACUGCUGGCCUACGAGGUGAGAUCAGAACUUACCAAAAUUUUGGAUUGCCGGUUCGAAUUUGAUGAACCAAAAAAAAGAAAAUGGUAGGUAGCAUCAAAGGGUUGGGGGUUGGGGAGGGGGGAAUGAGUUGAUAAUGUGUCAAUACAAUCCUUUCCCUCUCUUUGGUUAAAAUUGUGUACAGAGAGUGAGAUAUUGGUUGAGAUUUGUAAUAUUAGCUGAGUUUCAUUUCUUUCUUUGUUCCUCUGCCCAUUGGAUGUGGGGGGCAAUGGAAAGCCACUCCAUUUGAGCAUUGAGGAAAGUAUAGAUUUGUUCAGAGAAAAAAAAAAGGAAAAAAGAACUACACCAUGAAUUUAGAUACCGAUGUAUUUUCUGAUGUCGGAAAUUGUAGAGUUAAGAUGAUAGGGCGAAAAGCCUAUUGAAUUGAAAAUGAAAUUCUUUUACUA